GGCGCUUCAAGCACUCGACUGUAAAAGCGUGCCGUUCGCACGCCCAUUUAUUUUCAACACAAGCUCCGAAGCCUCCGUUUAAAAGUUCCAUCACUAUUGUACAGACAAGAUGAACGCAAUGAAGCUAACUGUGGAGCAGUCAUCCCACAAUCAACUUCGUCUUCUGCUGAUAGGAAAAACCGGUUCAGGAGUGAGUUCUUCUGGAAACACUAUACUGGGAUUUAACGCGUUUCAGUCGAGAAGGAGCCUCUCGUCAAUCACUCGUAAAUGUCAACAGCACACGGCUGAAAUAUCGAAUAAAAGCAUCACAGUGAUCGACACUCCAAACUUCUGCAAUUCAGAAAACCUUGACGUGUGUGUGGAGUUAAAGAAAGGAAUAAAGCAGUGUUUUGCAGGACUUCACGCGCUUCUUCUCGUUUUCUCUUUAGAUAAUUUUACUCAACAAGAUACGGAUAUAGUGUCGUUAUAUAAACAGACAUUUGGCGAGCAAGCUAUGAAAUACACCUUUGUGGUCUUCACACAUGGAGAUGAACUUGAACAUAAAUUAAUUCAACAGCUAAUAAGACAAAAUACAGCGCUGUCAAAGCUAAUAGAUGAGUGUGAUGGAAGAUUUCACUUACUGAAUAAUAAAGAUCCGUCAAACAGAGCGCAGGUCGCUGAACUACUGGAGAAGAUCCAUAGAAUGGUGUCUGUGAAUGACAGCAGCUGUUAUACUAUAGACAUAUUUAAAGCUCAGUUGAUCACAACACGUCUGCAGAGAUUUACAAAGCCAAAAUAUCUGUGCAUGUUUGGUGUCACUGUGCUUGUCAUGGGUUGUGUUUAUAUGUGGAAUGAAGAUUCUUUGGAUGUUAAAACAUUUCUGCAUGGUUGUGUUUUGGGUGUGUUGGCAACAGUGACACUUGCUUCAGCAUUUGCUUUUAUCAAAUGAUAAUGAAUUGAUGAAGAAAUAAUA